UUACAGUCGUUUCCCAUGAUGCAGUGCGGAAUCGACCCGGCGGGGACAUUCAAAACUAUGGCAGAAGACUCCAACAUAUUUAAAUCAACAUCAAACUCAAAAGACGCUGGGAAUACGUCCAUUAUUAACAGUGGAAACAACGAGAUAAAGAUGCGCCUUUCGUUUUCGUCAGAAAAAGAUAUUAUCACGCGGGAGGAACCGAAUAUAACACGUAAAGUCCUAACGUUACAAAGUGUUCCCGACGCGGAACUCGCCGAACAACUCUCACCACGGGCCGUAAACACACGUUUAAAUGCGAAACAAGCAAAUGAAUCGAAAGAUGCCUCCACAGAACAUCGACUCAGUUCAAAACAGCAUAGUGUGAAUAAUACUGAAGAGAAAGAGAACACCGGUAUUCACUCCACAACCAUCACUCCAGAUAACACCCAAGAAGAGGGCUCCUCUGGUCAGAGAAGUUUGCAAGAUUCCAAUGUGACUGCCAGUAAACAACAUAGUAACACAGAGGACAGUGAUGCUGAGGUGGUGAGACAAGCGCAGCACGAAGACCGUGUGAAUGUGGUCUUCCCAGGCACUGUAACCCAGGAAAGCUGCUGCCGCUUCAUCAGCGAGAUCCUCAAGUGCAUUCUCUAUCAGAGGCAGCAGCUACCCAUGACGUAUGACCAGCUGGUGUACUCCCAGAAGAAACAGCAGGCCUCAAUGCAGGAUAAAGACAUAGUGUGUCGGAGGCCGGUGCAGUCUGCAGACAUGGACUGGCGUAAGUGUCAACAAACCCUUCAGGAGCUAGAGGAAUUGCUGCAGCAGCUGGAGGUGCUGUUUUCUCUUAGCAGGGUGCCCCGUGUGCUGCUGCUCAUGGGUGGAUCCCUCAUGCUCCCCAAAGAGCUGUAUGAGAUCAACUUGGAGGCGCUGGUAGUGGCUGGUGGGGAUCAAUGUCUGCGGGUAUCCCCAUGCUUAAGGCAACUCUUCCGCACUCUUUUCGUGGCGGACAUUUUAUCUGACAGCAGACCUGUUCGUUUAAUGCCCACCACAGUCUUAGCGCUGGCUCACAGGGAUUGCGGUGUAGGCUGGUUCCGCCCUAAACUACAAUUUAAAGUGCCAACACGUGUAAAGAACCGGAUUAUUUCUCUGUCUACUGAUCCCAGCACCUAUAAGGAACCAAGAGCAGAAGGGUCAGACGGGCAGGAUUAUGUGUGGUUUCAGGCACCCAUGCCUAUUAAGGGCUUCAGCAACUGAGCCAAAAAGUUAAGGAGUCCUUAGUCUGAGGUUGGAGCUCUCUUUCCAGCAUCCGUAUGCUGCAAUUCAGUUUUAAUGGUGGUUCAAGGGAAUUUUGAACUUGAAUUUAUAUUUGAGCUGUCCAUAUUUUAAUGAAUGAGUUUGUGUUUUUUUACUUAAACGUAUGUCAAUUAAAACAAUAGUGGGUUUAUCGACACAA